AAGGUACAAAAUGUGAUAAUAAAGGUAUUGAGAUUUUGUAGCGACAUGUGGCAGUAAGGAACGGCGUUACCAGGGGGGGGCUGCUGGGCCUCAGUGGCUUGUCAGCGGCCUCUGAGGACGGACGUUAUUACUAUGACAGAGCCCAGUGCUGGUGCCGUGAUCAUCGAGGGGAAGACGAAGGUGGUUCAUGAGGUGAUUGGUGACCCGAAUCGUGUUCUGGUGGUGAACAAGGACCGUAUCACAGCUGGGGACGGUGCCAGAGCCCAUGACCUGGAGGGCAAGGCUGUUAUCUCCAAUGCCACCAAUGGCAAGGUCUUCGCGUUCCUUCGGAAGGCAGGCAUCAAAACUGCAUGGCUGGAAACAUAUGAUGGUAAGGCAUACUUGGCUCGCAAAUGUCACAUGGUACCAUUGGAGUGGGUGACACGUAGAGUUGCUACUGGAUCCUUCUUACGCCGCCAUGUUGGUGUUACAGAGGGCUACAGGUUUACACCCCCAAAAAUGGAGACAUUCUAUAAGGAUGAUGCUAACCAUGACCCACAAUGGAGUGAGGAACAGGUUAUUGAAGCAAAGCUGAAAGUUGGUGGUGUGGUGAUUGGUCGCCAUGAGUACGAUAUUAUGGCGCGUACAACAGUGGCAGUGUUUGAGGUGUUGGAGCGUGCAUGGGCCUCCUUAGACUGUGCACUCAUUGAUAUGAAGAUUGAGUUUGGUAUUGAUGCAGAAACAAAUGACAUCUUGGUCUCGGACACAAUUGACUCUGACUCCUGGAGAUUAUGGCCUGCUGGUGACAAGAGACUCAUGAAGGACAAACAGGUAUACCGCAAUCUGGAAACUGUAACGGAUGAGGCGCUGUGUCAGGUUAAGCGGAAUUUCCAGUGGGUUGCAGACAAGUUGGAUUCCUUCAUCUCGACGCCAAAAGGAUUGGUAGUAGUAUUGAUGGGGUCCACCUCCGAUAUGGAGCACUGUGAGAAAAUCCGUGACCACUGUAAGAAGCUGGAUGUCCCAUGUGAGCUGCGUGUUACUUCUGCUCAUAAAGGCACCCAGGAAACACUAGCUAUCAUUGCACAGUAUGAAGGCCUUGGCAUUCCAGUGGUGUUCAUAGCAGUAGCUGGUCGAAGUAAUGGCUUGGGUCCUGUUACUUGUGCCAACACGUGUUUCCCAGUCAUAAACUGCCCACCACUCAAGCCUGAAGAGGCUGCAAGGGAUAUCUGGUCUUCACUUAGUCUGCCUUCAGGUAUGGGAUGUGGCACAGUACUGUACCCAGAAGCAGCUGCACAAAGUGCAGCCUCCAUCCUGGCCCUCAGCGACUAUUUAAUUUGGUCCAGAAUCAGAGUCAAGCAGCUCAAUCUUUGGAUCUCGCUGAAGAUGGCCGAUUUGAAAGUGUGCCAAAAUAAUUAAUGUUCUGAAUAUAAUGCCCAUUAAGUUGUUAGUUUGUAUCUUGGCAGGAAAUGUUUGUUGAUUAAACAUGCAACUAAA